GAGAGUGAAGAAGAGAGAAGAAUGAUCGAAGAAAUGGAGCCAACAGAGAGCCCGGAGGUAGCAGCGGCCCCGGCCUCAUCGGUAGCCUCCCUCGAGCUGAAGACGCGUCGGGCCCAAUUCCAGACGCAGGCCUCGACGGUGGCGACGCGACGCAGACAGGCCGUCUGCGUGCGUCGGGCCUUCAAGAAAUACGGCCCCAAGAGCAACCCCAACGUCAUCCUCGACGGUCUUAAUAUGACGGUACCGAAGGGCACAAUAUAUGGACUAUUGGGAGCGAGCGGUUGCGGCAAAACGACCUUAUUGUCUUGCAUAGUGGGUCGUCGUCGACUAAACUCCGGCGAAAUCUGGGUCCUGGGUGGUAGACCCGGUUCAAAGGGCUCAGGAGUACCUGGACCCCGGGUCGGCUAUAUGCCCCAGGAAAUCGCCCUCUACGGCGAGUUCUCCAUACGCGAAACUUUUAUAUUCUUUGGCUGGUGCGCGGGCAUGACAACGGAUCGGAUCAAAAUAUUAUUAUUUUAUUUGCUCAAAUUUUUGCAGUUACCAUCGGAGAACCGGUUUGUAAAGAAUCUUUCUGGCGGUCAGCAACGUCGGGUUUCCCUGGCAGCCUCGCUCCUCGCCGACCCGGAGCUUUUGAUUCUGGACGAGCCAACGGUCGGAGUCGACCCCGUGCUCCGGCAGAGCAUCUGGGACCAUCUCGUGCACAUAACCAAGGAUGGUAAGACGACCAUAAUCAUUACAACGCAUUACAUCGAGGAAACGCGCCAGGCAGGGAUAAUUGGCCUCAUGCGCAGCGGUCGCUUCCUUGCCGAGGAAUCGCCCGUUAAAUUGAUGGAAAUGCAUAGGCUCGACACCCUCGAGGAAGUGUUCCUUAAGCUUAGCCGCAGACAAAAUAUGGGCCUGAGGAGAAGGAGUAGCAUCCUGAGCAGCGUCACGGGUGUCCCACCGGAACCGGAUGCGGAUGAAGAAAUGAGCGGAGAGUUCGGUGAUAAUGUGAGCGUGUCUAGUCGACGAAGAAGUAUUGCCGUGACAUCGGACGAUGACGCGCUCGAUUUGCCGCCGGAAGAGAAGGGAUCGUAUAAAUUUCAAAUGCUCAAUCCAAAACACAUGAAAGCCUUGAUUUGGAAGAAUUUCCUAUGGAUGUGGAGAAACGUUGGGAUAAUGCUCUUCAUAAUCGGCCUGCCCGUGGUGCAGAUAAUCCUGUUCUGCCUGUCGAUCGGCAAGGAUCCCACGGGCCUGCGUUUGGCCAUCGUCAACAACGAGCUCAACUCAAGCGCCGAUACUUGCGUGCCCUCCAUAGGCUGCGAUUUCACCAUGUCCAGUUGUCGUUUCCUCAAAGAGCUGGAGAAGCGAAAGGUCGUUUACUUGCCUUACGACACGGUCGAGGAGGCGAGGCAGGCGGUGGUCAAGGGCUGGGCUUGGGGCGCCAUCACUUUCCCCGGCAACUACUCGGCCUCGCUCAGGGAGAGAAUCGACUAUGGCAAGGACGCGGACGAGUUUAGCGUCAUAUACGCCGACAUGGACGUCGUCUUGGAUAUGUCUAAUCAACAAAUUGGCCAGUUGCUGCAAAGAGAUCUUUAUUACUCGUUCGAAGACUUUGCGCGUGAGCUCACAUCAGCCUGUAAUUAUAGUGCAAAAUUAACUGAAAUUCCUGUCUCAUUCCAGAAACCUAUAUAUGGACCUCUGGAGCCCAAUUUCACGGAUUUUGCCGCUCCCGGAGUUAUUUUAACAAUUAUUUUCUUCCUGUCGGUCGCCCUAACAUCGGGUGCCAUGUUGUUGGAAAGAAACGAGGGAUUACUCGAAAGGAGCUUAGUCGUCGGUGUCACCGGUCCCGAAAUCUUAUUCGGCCAAGUCGUCACGCAGUUCCUCGUUAUGACGGGACAAACAGUUAUGGUUCUCGUUGUGGCAUUUGCCGUUUUUAAAAUUACAUGCGAGGGGGAUGUCGCUAUGGUUACUGCACUUACAAUUCUUACGGGUUUCUGCGGCAUGUGUUUCGGUUUCGUGGUGGCGUGCUCGUGCGAAAACGAGCGAAGCGCGACGUACAUGGCAAUGGGCUCGUUCCUGCCCAUCGUCAUGCUCUGCGGCAUUAUCUGGCCGAUCGAGGGUAUGCACCCGAUACUCCGGUACAUCAGCUUCCUGCUCCCAUUGACCAAGAGCACCGAGUCCUUCCGGGCGAUGCUGGCCCGGGGCUGGACAAUAGCCAACCCAGUCGUGUACGACGGCUUCAUCGCCACCUUCGUCUGGAUCAUCGUCUUCCUGACCCUCGCCAUACUGCUCAUUAAGUUCAAGAAAGGCUGAGAUGACCGUAACGAACGUCGAAAAACUUUCUAUCCUUUAAGGAUUAUCGCGUGUGAUUUAUUUCUUUAAUUCUAAUUUUAACUUUUU